CCAUCCUCAUCCUUUUUCCACGACGGCCGCACGCUUCAAACACAAAGAUAUAGGAGCCGACCACAUAUCGUUAUCAUUCAUCCUUACAGUCGCGUCAAGAUGUUAUGCUGAGAUCCCGCAUCUGCGACCAGUCCAUCAAAGACACCCUUGAAUACACCUCGGCAGCAUGAAUCCAAGCGGCCAGGGAGAGGUGCCUGCGGGCGCAGCAGCCAUCGAAGAGAAUAUAGGAGAAAAGCAAAGAUCGGAGCUGGGCAUUGUCACAGACCAGGAGAAGGCCACUGAAGUGCCUCCUGUAAAGCAGGCUGUAUCUCCGAAUUCACCUACGUCCGUCCCUACGCCUCCUUCUUCCUCAAACUCGGACACGAACCCCGACUUGCGGAAAAUCGACUCCAAAAUCGUCCAGGUUCGUGAUGUGCCAGAGGGGGACGCUGCUUUCGCGCACUUGCCGGAGCAUGAACAGGAUGUGCUGAGGAAACAAUUGUUCGUUCCAGAAGUGAAGGUCACCUAUGGGAAGUUGUAUCGGUAUGCGACAAAGUGGGAUAAGGUGUUUAUCGUCAUUGCGGCCAUCGCAGCCAUCGGCGCCGGCGCCGUGAUGCCUCUGAUGACAGUCAUUUUCGGAAACUUGAGUGGCUCCUUUUCGUCGCUUGUUCUUGGAACCAUCUCGUCCUCCUUCAACUCUAUUCUUGUCCGAUAUGUGCUCUACUUCAUAUACCUGGCCAUUGGGGAAUUCUUUCUCGUCUACAUCUCCACCGUCCUUUUCAUCUAUACAGGGGAGCACAUCACGUCAAAGGUUCGAGAGGAAUACCUGAAGGCAAUUCUACGCCAGAACAUUGGGUUCUUCGAUAAGCUUGGUGCUGGGGAGGUGACCACUCGCAUCACAGCAGACACCAAUCUUGUUCAGGAGGCCAUCAGCGAAAAGGUCGGGCUGACGUUGACCGGUGUCGCUGCAUUCUUCGCCGCAUUCGUCAUUGGUUUCGUUCGGUUCUGGAAACUCACGCUGAUCUGCAUGUCGUCCGUCGUCACCAUUGUCGUACUUAUGGGCGCCGGAGGGCGGUUCAUGGCUGGCUGGAAUAAGAAAUCCCUCGCCGCAUACGCAGUUGGAGGUUCAGUGGCAGAAGAAGUCCUCGGCUCCAUUCGAAACGCUGUGGCGUUUGGAACACAGGAUAAAUUGGCUAAGAAGUACGACGUCCACCUUCAGGAAGCAAGGCAUUGGGGAGUUCGCAGCAAGGGAGCUCUAGGCUGCAUGAUCGGAGCACUACUCGGAAUCAUCUUCCUGAAUUAUGGUCUGGCAUUCUGGAUGGGUUCCAGGUUCCUUGUUGACGGCGAAACCAACCUGGCUCACAUCCUUACCAUUAUCUUUGCCGUUAUGAUCGGAGCAUUCAGUUUUGGUAACGUAGGCCCGAACGUCCAGCAUUUCGCAAGCGGUGUCGCUGCUGCAUCGAAGAUUUAUGCCACUAUCGAUCGACAUUCACCCAUUGAUCCGCUCUCCGAGGAUGGUGAAAAGCUGGAGCACGUGGAGGGAACUGUGGAGCUGAGACACGUCAAACAUAUCUAUCCUUCUCGCGCUGAAGUCGUGGUCAUGGACGAUGUGAACCUGGUCAUCCCUGCUGGCAAGACUACUGCCUUGGUUGGUGCGUCAGGUUCCGGAAAGUCUACAAUUGUCGGCCUUGUGGAGCGUUUCUAUGACCCUGUAGGCGGCCAGGUACUCUUGGAUGGUCACGAUCUCAACACACUCAAUCUGCACUGGCUCCGUCAGCAAAUCGCUCUUGUCCAGCAGGAGCCCAUCCUUUUCAGCCAAACUAUUAGGGAGAAUAUCAGAAACGGAUUGACUGGCACCAAGUACGAUCAGGAACCGGAAGAACAACAGACGCAACGCAUCAUUGAAGCUGCCAAGAAAGCCAAUGCUCAUGAUUUCAUUACGUCUCUACCUGAUGGAUACGAGACUCAUGUUGGUGAGCGAGGCUUUCUCCUGUCCGGUGGUCAGAAACAGCGUGUUGCGAUCGCAAGGGCCAUUGUCUCUGAUCCCAAGAUUCUCCUAUUGGAUGAGGCCACGUCCGCCUUGGACACAAAGUCGGAGGGUGUUGUUCAACAUGCCCUGGAGGAGGCCUCCAAGGGUCGCACGACUAUCGUCAUUGCUCAUCGUUUGUCAACAAUCAAGGAUGCCGACAACAUUGUGGUCAUGCGCCAAGGGCGGAUCAUUGAGCAGGGCACACACAAUGAGUUGUUGGAGCUGAGACAGGCGUACUACAAUCUUGUCUCUGCUCAACGCAUUGGUGGCGACGAGGAUGAAACCCCGGAGAACGAGAAAGGAACCGAGACCAGCGACGAUGAACUUGUCCGGAUUCAGUCCUCCAGGUCUGGCAGCAGAGCGAUGGUGGAUCCUGAGGACGAGAAGCUUGCACUCGGACGGACUAAAAGCCAGAAAUCCAUCUCUUCCAAAGUUCUUGCGGAAAAAGGCUCGGGUGGUCCCCCAAAGUACUCCCUCUGGACCAUCAUCAAGUUCAUUGGUGGAUUCAAUCGUCCCGAGUGGCACAUCAUGUGUGUCGGCUUCUUCUUCACUGUUAUUGCCGGCGCCGCUCAGCCAGUGCAAGGCAUAUUCUUCGCCAAAGCGAUCGUCACCCUGUCUCAGCCACUGACUCUUCGACACAAGAUCCGCCAUGAUAUCGACUUUUGGUCACUGAUGUAUCUGAUGCUGGCUCUGGUGGAUUUCGUUGCCAUGUGCAUACAAGGAAUCGCCUUCGCAUAUUGUAGCGAAAGCUUGGUUCAACGAGCAAGAGACGGGGCCUUCCGCAGAUUCCUCCGACAAGACAUAUCUUACUUUGAUGAGGACGAGCACUCGACAGGCGCUCUUACCUCCUUCCUAUCUACCGAAGCCACGCAUCUCUCAUCGAUAUCAGGAGCGACGUUAGGUACCCUACUGAGCUGCUCCACCACCUUGGUCGUAGCGAUCGUGGUAUCUCUUUCCAUCGGUUGGAAAUUGGCGCUCGUAUGCAUGUGUGCAUUGCCAGUCAUCCUUGGUACCGGGUUCUUCAGGUUCUGGAUCCUCGCCAAAUUUACGGCAACUGCCCAGAAACAUUACGAAAAGUCUGCUGGAUAUGCUUGCGAGCAUACCAACGCAAUACGCACAGUGGCCUCCCUGACAACAGAACGUGAAAUCUACAAUGAAUACCGGGAUCAGCUUGCGCAUCAACUACGAGAGUCGCUCAAGUCGAACAUCCGCAAUUCAUCCCUCUACGCUGCGUCGCAGUCAGCCAUGUUUCUUGCGUUCGCACUUGGCUUUUGGUACGGCGGCACCCUACUCGUCCGUGGCGAAUACAGCUUGUUUCAAUUUUUCAUUGUCUUUUCUGAAAUUAUCUUCGGCGCGCAGUCUGCCGGAACAGUCUUCUCGUUCGCGGGAGACAUGUCGAAAGCCAAAAAUGCAGCUGCCGCGCUCAAGAGGCUAUAUGACGCCCAACCAACCAUUGACCCAUGGUCGGAAGACGGUGAAAAGGUGACGCAUGUCGAGGGUACCAUUGAAUUCCGAGAUGUACAUUUCCGAUAUCCAACACGGCCGGAUGUACCAGUUCUUCGAGGUCUUAACUUGACCGUCAAGCCUGGACAGUACAUCGCCCUCGUUGGACCUUCUGGCUGUGGAAAAUCGACGACAAUUGCGCUAAUGGAGCGGUUUUAUGACCCUCUGGCUGGCGGCGUUUACGUUGAUGGCAAGGAGAUCUCCUCCCUCAAUCUCAAUGAUUACAGAUCAAACAUCGCGCUCGUCUCUCAAGAACCUACACUUUACCAAGGCACCAUCAAGGAGAACAUUCUUCUAGGCGCCGACAGAGGCGAGGUUGGCGACGAUGAGGUCAUUCAAGCCUGCAAGGACGCGAACAUUUAUGAUUUCAUCAUGUCUCUGCCGGAUGGCUUUGCCACCGAUGUGGGCAGCAAGGCGGCUCUCCUAUCGGGCGGUCAGAAGCAGCGUAUCGCCAUUGCCCGUGCUCUUCUUCGCGACCCCAAGAUCUUGCUCCUCGAUGAAGCAACAUCUGCGCUGGACUCGGAAUCCGAGAAGGUGGUACAAGCUGCACUUGACGCUGCUGCCAAAGGUCGAACAACUAUUGCCGUUGCACACAGACUGAGCACGAUCCAGAAAGCCGACAUCAUUUAUGUGUUCGACAAGGGCGUCAUUGCAGAAUCUGGGACUCACCACGAAUUGAUGGCCCUCAAAGGUCGAUACCGAGAACUCGUCAGCUUACAAAGUCUGGAAAAGCAGCAUUAAGUCUUCCUGUUCAGCUGCGAUACUGGCCCUC